AUGGCCCCGUCCAUCAAGGAAGACGUCCACAUGGAGGAAUCUGCGGGUUUCGAGGCCAGGAAAGAGACAAACAAUGACAUUGCGAUUGACCCGGAGGCGGAAAGGAAGGUGGUCAGAAAACUUGACCGCGUCAUUAUGCCUCUCAUGGCAAUUGUCUACUUCUUCCAAUAUUUGGAUAAGCAGAGUAUCAACUACGCCGCCGUUUUUGACCUACGGGAUGACCUUCAGCUCUCUGGUUCUGAGUUCUCCUGGGCUGUCUCUCUGUUCUACUUUGGCCAGCUUGUUGCUCAGUACCCAGCAGCUUACCUGAUGAGUCGGGUCCGGAUUACAUACUUUGUUGGAGUUGCCAUUGUACUCUGGGGUGCUGCUGAGAUGUGUCUUGCGGCGUCGCAUGCCUUUAGCAGUAUCGGCGCCAUUCGGUUUCUCCUCGGCUUCUUUGAGGGCGCGGUGAGCCCGUCGUUUGUGAUCAUUACCAGCAACUGGUACUGUCGUCGGGAGCAUCCGGUUCGGGUCGCGUACGUUCUCCUGCACUCAUAG